AUGACCCCGCCAAUCGACCCCCUCCGCGCACGCAUCUUCUCCGAGCUAAACCUCCAACUAACGCACCCCUCAAUCCCCAAGCCCCUCCUAAACGAAUGCUCAAAACACCUCGCUUUCCUCGUACGAUACUACGCCAACGAUCCUGAGUGUAAUCCGCUGAGGGUUAGUGUGCCGAUUGUUGAGGUGCCUGUAGUCGUACCUCGUAUGUGUUCGGGAGAGGAGGAUGGGGAUGAAGAGGAAGAUGAGGAAGAGGAGGAGGAAGUAGAGAUAGAGAUAGGCUUGAAGAUCGCAUUAGUAGUUUUCGAGGAGAAAAGAAGGAAAAGCUCUGUGCAGACAAGGAUGGAAGGUCUGAGGAAGAUGAAGAUGGAGAGGUUGUACGGUGUGGGUAAGGUGUUGGGGGAGGAGGAAACCGAAGACGAAUUGACACCAACGGUGAAGACGAAGAAUGGUCUCGAGCCUGGUGGUCCCACGACUGGUACGCUGGGACAUUACAAGUGCUUGGUUGCUAAGCUUUGUGGCAUGGCCGAGCGUGUCAUAGCCGGACUGUUGGACGGUGACGAGGACAUGGUGCGUGCGUGCGAAGAGGUCAAGAAGAAUAAAGGCAAGAAGGCGAGUGCGGACGUAGGGAAGAGACCGGUGUGGAAUGUUGAGGCUUGCGGGGAGUGGUGUUAA